AUGGCAUAUCUUCACUAUUCACACACAAUUGGUCAAGCAAGGUGCUCAUCGUUCAGCUCUAGUCUUCAGGGUCGUAGCAGCAGUAGCACUGACGGGCCAGCCCUCGACCUACAAUUUGUAGCAUCGUUGAAGCAGCUUUGCUCCAACUCUGAAACGAACAACAAUUCAACUCUAACAGCUCUCGACUUGGCAACACCAGCAACAUUUGAUAAUCAGUACUUCAUAAACCUUGUCUCCGGUGAGGCACUUCUACCUUCUGAUCAGGUGCUCGUAGCUGGUAACAGUCCGACGCUGGAGAUCGUCGAAUCAUAUGCAAUCGACCCACUGGCUUUCUUUGAGGACUUUAAACAGUCUAUGGUGAGGAUGGGAAGCUUGAGUCCACUUACCGGCGGAAAUGGCCAGAUCCGCCGCAACUGUAGGGUCACUAACUGA